GUCCGCAGCUGCGCAGAGAAUGAAAUGGAGGGUCCAUCACCGACCAGGCAGGCCUCUCCUCAGGAUGAAAACCUUGGCAGGGGAUUUCCACUUUCUUUCAUUGAAGAUUUUAUUAGAGAAGAAAAAUUUUAUACCAAGUAUAAAUAUGCCCACAACCAUGUAAAAAUGUGACUGCAGGAAGAAUACAGGAGAAGUGAAGUAAUAAAGGGGAGGACAUGAAGAGACACAGCUAGCAAGUAUGUGCCAUCCUGUCAGUGAAUCAUUCCAGUUCAACAUGGAAUUAAACCCCCAAGCCACAGCAGAAUCCUGAAGGGGACCUGACCAGCUGAGCCAUCAAGAAAACUUCCUUCAUGGAUCUUAAUCUAUAUUCCAGAACAGAGCAACAAUCUCUUUUUGUAUCCUUAUAAAACUACUUUGGAGACAUGUCUGCUCAGGCAAUUAUUUAUGUAGCUCAAGCUCAAAGUGGAAUUCUAAUAGACAUCUCAUUUAAGACUGAGUUUUCCACUCUCUCCAUAUUGUCCAGUGGGUCUCACUAUACUGCUCACUGACAAUCUCUGACUCAGGCCCUGAGGAGGUGCUUCUCCCCUGUCUCCUGUGGCGCUUUCACUGAAGAUGCAGACCCCACACCUAGCUGGUGGUAUUUCUGAUAAAGAGUCUGACUGCUGCUCAGUGAAGUUGCAACUCAAGUGACCCCAUGCUUCCUCUCAGCAUCCUAAGAAGGUCACACUGGAGACUGCUACUCUCAGCUUAUGGAGCUCGUCACUCAAGAGUAGUCACAAAGAAUGGAUGAGGUGAUGGACCAUGUGGAGGAAGAUUGAGGAGACAGAGAAAUGACAUCAAUUAAUCUGGUCAGGAGGAAAAUUUGAUUCCUCUUGACAUCUGGAUGGAUCAUAUUGAUGGCCAUGAAACAACAGUGAACUAGAAACCUGAAGGAUAUGCUGCUAAGAGGAUGAUUUGCAGGAGUCCAGAUUUUCAACAGCAGCCAGGUGUGCUGGAUGGAGAGUCAACAGCUUCUGCUACAGCCCAAUGGCAACACUUAGGCUCUCUGGUAACUCAGGGUCUCACAAGCUUGUUUAUGAUAAUCUCAGACUCAGGCUUGGAAGAAGUGCUUCUCCACAAAUUCUGAGAUUUCACAGAAGACAUGGUCAUCACAUCUAGCUGGUGAGUGUCUGACUGUGCUGCUUAGUGUGAUUGCUACUCCUCAUGGAAGUCAUGUUUCCUCUCUGCAUCCUGAGAAGCUGACACUGGAGGAUCCCACUUCCCUGAGCUUAUGGAGCUGGUCACUCAAGAGUUCUUGAAAAGAAUGGAUAAUUUGAUGGACCAUGAUGAGGAAGAUUGAGGAGGCAGAGAAAUAUGUUGCUGCAUCUUAUACUGCAACAUCUCAUACUGCUUAUGACAAUCUCGGACUCAGGCCCUGAGGUGCUUGCUUCUCCCAUGUCUCCUGUGGAGCUUUCACUGAAGACGCAGACCCCACACCUAUCUGGUGGAAUGUGAAGUAUUUCUGAUACAGACUCUGACUUCUGCUCAGUGAAGUUGCAACACAAGCACUAAAGCCAUGCUUCCUCUCAGCAUCCUGAGAAGCUCACACUGGAGAACACUGCUCUCAGCUUAUGAUUCUACACAGAAACACAUGUGAUGUUACCUUCAUUACAGAGUGAAAUCACAUAAAUGGGGCCAGCCAGGAAAUAAGAAUCUGGUCAGGAGGGAAGUUUGAUUCCUGUUGAUAUCUGGAUGGAUCAUAUUGAUGGCCAUGAAACAACAGUGACCUAGAAACCUGAAGGGUAUGCUACUAAGAGGAGGAUUUGUACAUUCCAGGAUUUCAACAGCAGCCAGUGUCUGACAAGGUUGCUCAUGAUAAUCUCAGACUCAGGCUCACAGGAAGUACUUCUCCACAACUUCUGAGAAGGUUUCACCGAAGACAUGGUUAUCACACCUAGCUGGUGGGUCUGAUGAUGCUGCUCAUGAGGUUGCAACUCAAGCACUAAAGCUGUCCUUCCUCCCUGCAUCCCGAGAAGCUGACACCAGAGGAGACCCCUCUCUCAGCCUAUGGUAUUUAUUGUUUCUCCGGUGUAGCAAAUACUCUUGUUUACUCUUCCCUGUCUGGACUAACCAGUAUUUGAGAUCAAGUAAGUAGCUGUUUACUAGAAAGUUGUUGAACAGGAUGGACAGUUUGAUGAAUCACACUGAGGGAGAUUGAGGAGGCAGAAUAAUGGAAACAUCAAAUUGAAUUAAUCCAGAAUGAUCAGUCAUAGAGAAGGAAUUUGGAAGUGGACCCUGGAAAGCUGAUGUGUAACUUCUGACCUCAACCUUGGCCCUGAUAUACAUCUGCCUUACUGGAAAAGAAAAUAUUUCGCUGCUUCUGCUGCUACAUGUAUUCAGGUGGGAGACAAGAAUGAAGCAGCAGCUCCUGUGUUCAUCUCCAUGUUUCGCUGUUUCUGCUGCUACCCAUAUGCAGGUCAGAGACAAGAAUGAAUCAGCAUCUCCUGUGUUCAUCUCCAAGUUUCGCUGCUUCUGCUACUACAUGUAUUCAGAGGGAGACAAGAAUGAGUCAGCAGCUCCUGUGUUCAUCUCCAAGUUUCACUGCUUCUGCUUCUACAUGUAUUCAGAGGGAGACAAGAAUGAUUCAGCAGCUCCUUUGUUCAUCUCCAAGUUUCGCUGCUUCUGCUGCUACAAGUAUUCAGAGGGAGACAAGAAUGAGUCAGCACCUCCUGUGUUCAUCUCCAAGUUUUGCUGCUUCUGCUGCUACAUGUAUUCAGAUGGAGACAAGAAUGAGUCAGCAGCUCCUGUGUUCAUCUCCAAGUUUUGCUGCUUCUGCUGGUACAUGUAUUCAGAGGGAGACAAGAAUGAGUCAGCAGCUCCUGUGUUCAUCUUCAAGUUUCACUGCUUCUGCUUCUACAUGUAUUCAAAUGGAGACAAGAAUGAUUCAGCAGCUCCUGUGUUCAUCUCCAAGUCACUGCUUCUACUGCUACAUGUAUUCAUUCAGAGGAUGACAAGAAUGAAUCAACAGCUCCUGUGUUCAUCUACAAGUUUCGCUGCUUCUGCUGCUACAUGUAUUCAGAGGGAGACAAGAAUGAGUCAGCACCUCCUGUGUUCAUCUCCAAGUUUCACUGCUUCUGCUUCUACAUGUAUUCAGAGGGAGACAAGAAUGAUUCAGCAGCUCUUGUGUUCAUCUCCAAGACUGAGUCAAUCACAUGUAGUUCAAGGAGGCUUUGAGGCCCUGAGAUACCAAGAGAUCUCUGCUUCCCCAGUGAUAGGAUUACAGUCACUGCUUCUGCUGCUACAUGUAUUCAUUCAGAGGCUGACAAGAAUGAUUCAACAGCUCCUGUGUUCAUCUACAAGUUUUGCUGCUUCUGCUUGUACAUGUAUUCAGAGGGAGACAAGAAUGAGUCAGCAGCUCCUGUGUUCAUCUCCAAGUUUCGCUGCUUCUGCUGCUGCAUGUAUUCAGAGGGAGACAAGAAUGAGUCAGCAGCUCCUGUGUUCAUUCCAAGUCACUGCUUCUGCUGCUACAUGUAUUCAUUCAGAAGAUGACAAGAAUGAUUCACCAGCACCUGUGUUCAUCUACAAGUUUCGCUGCUUCUGCUGCUGCAUGUAUUCAGAGGGAGACAAGAAUGAGUCAGCAGCUCCUGUGUUCAUCUCCAAGUCACUGCUUCUGCUGCUACAUGUAUUCAUUCAGAAGAUGACAAGAAUGAUUCAACAGCUCCUGUGUUCAUCUACAAGUUUCGCUGCUUCUGCUGCUGCAUGUAUUCAGAGGGAGACAAGAAUGAUUCAGCAGCUCCUGUGUUCAUCUCCAAGUUUCGCUGCUUCUGCUGCUGCAUGUAUUCAGAGGGAGACAAGAAUGAGUCAGCAGCUCCUGUGUUCAUCUCCAAGUUUCGCUGUUUCUGCUGCUACAUGUAUUCAGAGGGAGACAAGAAUGAGUCAACAGCUCCUGUGUUCAUCUCCAAGGAAGCUAAUCAAGAGGUAACAGUUGAAUAACCUGAAUUACUUCAUGGACAUCUUCAAGAAAAUUGCAGGAAGCAGACCAGGAAGUUAGUCCACAAUACCACCACAUGACCUUGAAUGGAGACAAGGGCAGAUGAGUCUCAAUGCUGAUAUCCUUCAUGGAUCUCAAUCUGGAUUCCUAAACAGAGAAACAAAGUCUCACUGUGCUGCCCACCAGGAUCUCAAACUCACCACUGAAGCCGUGCUUCAUCUCAGGAUCAUAUGAAGCUCCCAAGGGAUGAAGGUCAUCAGAUUCUGAUGAUGCCAAACUGAGACAUUGAGAAGUAAUCUAAGUCCUUGCGAAGAACCUCAAAGAACCCAGGCUGAUGCUCGGACAGAGGAUAACACUCUGCAAAUUGACAAGAGGGCUCAAUUGCUGAGGGCAACAUCCUCACAGCUCAUUGAACAUGGAGAGGUCAAGCUAGUGCCUGCAUGAAGCCUUCACACCUGCAUUCUAGUCUCUUUGGUAUGGGAAGAGUAAGUGCAGGAAGGUUUUUCGAAGUCAUGCGAUCCAUCAAGUUUCAGGAUGUUGACUACUUUAGCAGUGUGAGAAUUGAUCCUGAAUGGACAUGCAUCCAACCUGUUGAACAACAAAAUGAACUUGAAAGAUGACCCUGUCCUAUUGAUGGUUCAGUCCUCAACCUUGCCCAUGAUCCACAUCAACCUUGAAAAAUGGAAAGACUGCUAAAGUUCAUAGACAAGGAAGAGUUGGGAUGAAGUGUUUCAAUCUUUAAAAACCAUGGUCAAAAAAUAGAAAUAUUAACAUGGGAACUUAGGUGGAGGAAUUUCAUUGCAUGUAAAGGAAGAAGAAGAAGAUUCUACCAUGGAACAAGUGCAUGAGAUCCUGGAGAUUAUCCUGAUGCAACAGUUGAAUAACUCCAGUAGCUGAAUGGACAUCUUCAAGGAAUUGGCAGGAGGCAUAGACCUGGAAACAAUAUCCUGAGUUCUAAUCUACAGCUAACUGCUGUCUGCAUCCCUAGUACUAGUGUAUAUGUUUCCUCCAUAAGGCCUCCAUACAUACAAGACAUAGACAUACAUGUUGGCAAAGAACUCAUGUACAUGGAAUAAAAUUAAAUAAAUGCUCAAAAAAUGAGAAAUACAAGUUUCAAGAAAGUUUCAUCUCUUAUUUUGCUAGUGGUUGUUUUUCAUUACACAAGAAGUGAAGAUUUGAUAAUUCAUGCAAAUGACAUAGUUUUGAGAUGUUCAGAGUGUAACAUAGGUAGAGACACAGGUUAGUUCAUUGUAAUUUUCAGGUCUCACAAUAUGUGAGGAAGUGGCCAUUACUUCUACUUCCUAAGUCCAAUUCUGAAUCUAUGAUGAAUCCCUCAAAAAUAAAACAAAAUUAUACAUAAAUUAUUUCAGCUCUCCAUUUUAGUUGGUAGAGUAGUUUCUUUGUAUACAAACCUGUUGGGUAAUUGUUACCUCUGAGUUGAAGAGAGGAAGGUUGUUCAUAGAACUGAGGAACAUAAGCACCGUGCUUACACAUGGUUCUGUAUGUAACAUCAUUAAACCCGUUGGAUUUUACAGGACCUUUUUAAUAUUUGGCUUGUCAUCCAUGUUCUAUCUUGUUGAAACUGACCUUUUCUUUGUCAUUCCAGGAAAAGACACACAGAAAGAAAUUACACCUGGACCUACUUGAAGAAUGUUUCCUUGCUAGUUUUCAAUGAAGUCAAAUUGCAUUUCAUUUAUUUUUAGGUGUGCUAAGCUCUUCCUUGUGCUUUAUGUGUUGGCCAGGUAGGACUUGAACUCAUACACUCAUGUGAUGCUUCUGACUCAGACCCUAGUGACCUGUGAAGAUAGGAGCUUGUGACCACAUAUGACCAGUUAAUCCUCAAAGCUGCCACAUACCCUGAAGUUGGACAUGGCCAGCUCAGCCUCCAUGAGACAUAAUUCGUGGAUCACCUUCUGAAUUCCUGGACAGGACCAAUCUCACUGGGUUGCUCACUGUGGUCUCAAACUCAUCCCUGAAGCCCUGCUUCCUCUCACCAUCAUGAGAAGCUCCCAAUACGGAUGCAUGCAACAACACUCUGCUGAUGAGUCUCACUGUGCUCUUCACUGCCAUCUCAAACUCACCUCUUGAACCUCACUUCUCCUCAGCAUCAUGAGAAGUUCCCACCACAGAUGUCUACCACCACACUCAGCUGAUGGUAUUGUAAAACAACCUCUUUUCUGACUUGCAUUUUUGAGAUAUAAGCACUUGUGUAAUCAAUUCAAUUUCAAACUCUAUUUUCUUAAUUUCUAGAGCUUUGGUAAAAUUAUGUUUAUAUUUAAAAGUAAUUUAAAGAAUGUAUGUUUUCUAUCCACAGGAGUUAUGUACUAUACAAUAUUUUCAAGUUGUUUUCUUUGCCUUAAACAUAGGAUAUUAAGGAAAGUAAAGGACCCAGCAUUUACAUUCCCUAAUGAAUUCCCUGAAGAUGCUAAAUAGGAAGAUGUCUAUUGCAGGUGGUAACAAUAGGAAUCUUUGGACUGCUUUUAAAUUUGCACAUGUUUUUGAGGCAUUUAAGAUUUGCACAUGUGAUAUUUCCAUUUAAAAUUAUGAAAUUUAUUUUUUUUGGUAUUUUUUCAAACAGUUUUUCUGU